GACUAGUCGAGACAAAAGACAGGCCGCAGGACGGGGCAAUUAGGGAGGAGGGGCUUAGAGGUAAGUUGGUUAGUCUACUAGGUAGUUACUACGGUAGUUAGUUAUAGUGUCACUAUUUCUCCCUCGUGAAGGAAAAGAAGACAGCCUAGAACUAAGGUAGGCUAUGGGCGGUGCCUGUCAUCCCGUGCCUCCCAGCAAUGAAAUGAAUUUAUAGGGGACCAAGUACGGUAGUUAGUCUAGGGUAUCUCCAAACAUGAUUCAAGAUUGCACUGCGAGUGUCCCAAAUAAAGAGUUCUGUCACUCAAACAACAAAGAAGAAGAAGAAGAAGAAGAAGAAGAAGAAGAAGAAGAAGAAGAAGAAGAAGAAGAAGAAGAAGAAGAAGAAGAAGAAGAAGAAGAAGAAAGCUUCAUUGCCAAUAGACUACUAUCCUCUCACCAACCCAGUCUCAGUCUGACGAACAAGUUCUCCUCAGCUUCAUCUGGACUGGCUUUCACCGAAUCUCUUCCUGUCUGCCAUGCCGAAGUCGAUCAGUCCGAUUUGACAUUUCCGAUCAUCCAGCGUGGAAUGUCCCCAACAAUCUGUGUGUGGUCGGCCCGAGACUUGGGGGGUUUUUUGAAAUGGGACAAAGCUCAGGGUCAUAAGCUCGCAUCGCACGUAUCCAAAGAUUGUGAUAGAUCUCCAGCCCACCAGAAUCAGGGAGCUUGGCUCUGGGAAAACUGGGAAUUAAGGCUGUGACAGCGAGCAGAUCUAAGUUCAUUUCCGGUUAGGUCGAUCUCAACAUAGAGUUUC